AUGGCCGCCGAGACGUUCGAGUUCCAGGCUGAGAUCUCUCAGCUGCUCUCGCUGAUCAUCAACACCGUCUACUCCAACAAGGAGAUCUUCCUCAGAGAACUCAUCUCCAACUCGUCUGAUGCCCUUGACAAGAUCCGCUAUGAGGCUCUUUCCGACCCCAGCAAGCUCGACUCUGGCAAGGACCUGCGCAUCGACAUCAUCCCCGACAAGGAGGCCAAGACUCUUACCAUCCGUGACACUGGUAUUGGUAUGACCAAGGCUCAGUUCAUGGAGGCCCUCACCGCCGGUGCCGACAUUUCCAUGAUCGGUCAAUUCGGUGUUGGUUUCUACUCUGCCUACCUCGUCGCCGACAAGGUCACCGUCACCUCCAAGAACAACGAUGACGAGCAGUACCUCUGGGAGUCAUCCGCUGGUGGCACCUUCACCCUCACCCAGGACACUGAGGGCGAGCAGCUCGGCCGCGGUACCAAGAUGGUCCUGCACCUCAAGGACGAGCAGCUCGACUACCUGAACGAGGCCAAGAUCAAGGAGGUCGUCAAGAAGCACUCCGAGUUCAUCUCAUACCCCAUCUACCUCCACGUCCUCAAGGAGACCGAGAAGGAGGUCCCCGAUGAGGAGGCUGAGGAGAAGACCGAGGAGGGUGACGAGAAGAAGCCCAAGGUCGAGGAAGUCGACGACGAGGAUGAGAAGAAGGAGAAGAAGACCAAGAAGGUCAAGGAGAGCAAGAUCGAGGAGGAGGAGCUCAACAAGACCAAGCCCAUCUGGACCCGCAACCCCGCCGACAUCAGCCAGGAGGAGUACGGUUCAUUCUACAAGUCGCUCAGCAACGACUGGGAGGACCACCUCGGUGUCAAGCACUUCUCGGUUGAGGGUCAGCUCGAGUUCCGCGCCAUCCUCUUCGUCCCCAAGCGCGCUCCCUUCGAUCUCUUCGAGACCAAGAAGACCAAGAACAACAUCAAGCUCUACGUCCGCCGCGUCUUCAUCACCGACGAUGCCACCGACCUCAUCCCCGAGUGGCUGUCGUUCGUCAAGGGUGUCGUCGACUCUGAGGACCUUCCCCUCAACCUGUCCCGUGAGACUCUCCAGCAGAACAAGAUCAUGAAGGUCAUCAAGAAGAACAUCGUCAAGAAGACCCUUGAGCUCUUCAACGAGAUCGCCGAGGACCGUGAGCAGUUCGACAAGUUCUACACUGCCUUCAGCAAGAACCUCAAGCUUGGUAUCCACGAGGACGCUCAGAACCGUCCCCAGCUCGCCAAGCUCCUCCGCUUCAACUCCACCAAGUCCCUCGACGAGAUCACCUCCCUCCAGGACUACAUCACCCGCAUGCCCGAGCACCAGAAGCAGAUGUACUACAUCACUGGAGAGUCCCUCAAGGCUGUCCAGAAGUCUCCCUUCCUUGACGCCCUCAAGGAGAAGAACUUCGAGGUUCUCUUCCUUGUCGACCCCAUCGAUGAGUACGCCUUCACUCAGCUCAAGGAGUUCGAGGGCAAGAAGCUCGUUGACAUCACCAAGGACUUCGAGCUCGAGGAGACCGAGGAUGAGAAGAAGAAGCGUGAGGAGGAGGAGAAGGAGUACGAGUCUCUUGCCAAGAGCUUGAAGAACGUCCUCGGCGACAAGGUCGAGAAGGUCGUUGUCUCCCACAAGCUCGUCGGCUCUCCUUGCGCCAUCCGUACUGGCCAGUUCGGUUGGUCUGCCAACAUGGAGCGCAUCAUGAAGGCCCAGGCUCUUCGUGACACCUCCAUGUCCUCGUACAUGUCUUCCAAGAAGACCUUCGAGAUCUCGCCUGCUUCUCCUAUCAUCAAGGAGCUUAAGAAGAAGGUUGAGACUGACGGCGAGAACGACCGCACCGUCAAGUCCAUCACCCAGCUUCUCUACGAGACUUCCCUCCUUGUCUCUGGCUUCACCAUUGACGAGCCCGCCGCCUACGCUGAGCGCAUCCACAAGCUCGUUUCCCUCGGCCUUAACGUCGACGAGGAGGCUGAGACCAGCGAGGAGGCUGCCGCCACUGAGGCCCCUGCCGCCGAGGCCGCUGGCGAGUCCGCCAUGGAGGAGGUCGACUAG